AUGGGAAAUUUCAGCUUUCUUUUCACAUCUUGCCUGCUCAUCUGCUUCUUGGCAUCAGAGCUAACAUAUUACUAUGCAGAUAGUCAUGGAAUACAGCAGCCAUUUAGUAAGGCCAUUCUGGAGAUGUUACAUAUAAAUACACUUACAUUUCCACAGCGUACUAAACUACAUCCCUACAUGAGAAAAAUCUAUCGACAACUCAGCUCAUCAGAAGCUAAGGAUUCCACUGAACCCGAGGGAACUCUGGUCCAAAGUUUCAGGAGUAUCAGAGUUCCUGAAUAUGACAAUCCUGGAUGGUUGUGGUUUAACAUUUCCAGCCUCAAGCCCUCCAUGUUGGCAGCAGAGUUGGUGCUACUGCGGAGAACCUUGCAUCCAAAGUCACUGACGAUCAAUGUAACAAUACAUACAAUUGGUUUUGACGAGAACAACCUGUCCAUCAGUGAUCCACUAGACAAGAAGAUAUUGAAUCUAAGUGAACUGCCUUCCUCUGGCUAUGACACGUUCAAUGUUUCCAUCAUUCUGAGAGAGUGGAGGGUGGAUCUGAUAGGAUUCCAGUUUCAGUUUACUGAUGAUAGUGGCAGUCUGGUAUUACAUGAUGCCCUCACUCAGAAUCUCUACUGUCUCAACACAAGUUCUCAGGAUGAACCACUUCUCAUCACCUAUCGGGUGGGACUAUCUGAAAGGAACAAAAUUGCUAAUUUACGUGGCAGCAGGAGUAGUCAACAGUGCACUAGUGGAUGGAGGAGGAGCCAUCUUCCUCGCAGAGCUACUCCUGGAGAGUGCAGCCUGCACCAGUGGUUUGUGAGCUUACGGUCUUCAGAGUUAAAUCACUGGAUCCUGGAACCUCAGGGUUACUAUGCUAACUUCUGUAGCUGGUACUGCAUUCCACAGAAAUACUCUUCAAUCAAAAUAAUGUAUAUUACAGAGCAUGGAAAUAUUUUUAUUGAGAAUUUGAAAGAGAUGCGUAUUGAGAGUUGUGCUUGCAAAUAAAAUUUCAUUAUGGAAAAUAUGUAAUUUUUUAAAUACUCCCCACUUGAGCUGAAUUCUAUGUUCUCACUUUCUAGAAGAGAAUUACAGCACAAUAAGAAAUAAUAAGAAUAAACUGUUAGGAAAGUGCUGAUAACCAAUAGAAAAAACAACACAUUAAACUGUAUCAGCCAAAAGGAGUUGGUGAUAAUGUUUUUACUGUGAGUAGUUAAUGAAGUUAAGGUUUUACACAAGUUUUUACUGUAUUGUAAUUUGUGUUACAUUUCUUCUUUCACUACGUCUAACAACUCUCCCUUCUUAUAAUCUAGACUUUCAAAACAAUAAUUCUUCAUCAACCUAAUUCCAGAUAUGGUGCUCUACAUUAUGAUGCUGUUGCUUAACAAUUAUAACUUCAUUCUCUUUAGGUAGUUCAUCUGUGAACUAUUACAAUACUGCUUUCUGAAGAAGGAUAGUAAGACAUUACCGUAAAUCUGCUGUACAAGUUGUACUUAAUCAACCACCAAGAAUUGUAGAAGUUUGUUGAGUUUUAUGAUCUGAGUCUUUAAGGCCAUGUUCUUUCCUAACAACAUAAUGACCAUGAUGUAAAAUGAAAUUUAUUGAACUCAUUAAGCACCUGCCAGUAAUUUAUUACAAACAGCACAUUCUGUAAUCUGGCACAAACAUGAGAAAAUCCAAGCAACACAUGCAAAAUGCUGGAGGAACUUAGCAGUCCAGGCAGCCUCUAUGGAAAGGACUAAGCAGUCAAUGUUUUGGGCAAAGACCCUUCUUCAGGACUGGGAAAAAGAUGAGAAGUCAGAGCAAAAAGGUGGUGGGGGGGUUGGGAGCAAGAAGUACAAUGUGGUAGGCGAUAGGUGAAACUGGGAAAGGGGGAAGGUUGAAGUGAAGAGCUGGGAAGUUGAUUGGUGAAAGAGAUAAAGGGCUAGAGAAGGGGGAGUCUGAUAGGAGAGGACAGAAGACUAAGGAAGAAAGGGAAGGGGGAGCAUCAGGGGGAGGUAAUGGGCAGGCAAGGAGAUAAGGUGAAAGAGGGAAAUCAGGGGGUGCAAUUACCGGAAAGUCUAGAUUUUUGAAAUCAAGGCCCAGAAUUCAAAAAUGACCCCCUAUACAAAUGUACAUGGCAUUUGGAUCUGACAAGUUUUUUGAGGAGAUGCCUCUCUGCGUCCUUUGUAAAUCUAUAUCCUCCCUAUAAUGAGUUAACUAGAACUGAAUAGGAUUGCAGGUGUGUCCUAACCAGUAUGUUCUGAAGCUGUAACAUGAGCUCAUGGCACAUGAACUCAAUCCCCUGACAAUUGAACACCAGCACACCAUAUGCCUGCCCUAUUAACUUGCACAACAAAUUUGAGGGAUCCUUGGACUUGGAUCCUAAGAUUCCUCUGGUCCUCCACACUGGUAAAAAUUUGGCUAUUGAUCUUGUAUUCUGCCUUCAAGUUUGAUCUUUCGAAAAUUAUCUCUUCAUACUUCUCUGGACUGAACUCCAUUUGAUACUUCUUCAUCCAACUCUGCAUCCUGUCUAUAUCCUGCCUUCUACAUUUUUCAUACCACCAACCUUCAUGAAUCUGCAGACUUACUGACCCACCCUCCAUUUCCUCAUCCAAUUAAUGUGUAAGAAUCACGCAGAGCAGGGGUCCAAGAGCAGUUCCCUACAGAACAUCAGUCUUGGACCUCCAGGCAGAUUAUGUUCCAUCUACUGUGUCCCUCUGCCUUCAGUGGGCAAGCCAACUCUGAAUCUUCACAGCCAAAUUUCCUUGGAUCCCAUGCCACUUCAACUUUCUGAAUGGUCCUAACCCUACCAAAGGGAACCCUGUAAAAAGCCUUAUUAAAAUCAAUACACAGCUUAUCCACUACCUUAACUGCAUCAAUAUUUUUGUCACACCCUUGACUACCUCAAUUAGACUCAUGAGGCACAACCUCCUGACUAUCCCUAAUAAGGCUAUGCUUCACCAAAUAUCGUUUGCAAGAACUCUCUCAAAUAACUUGCCCACCACUGACGUAAGACUCAAUGGUCUCUAUUUCCCAUGAUUAUACCCAUUAAUCUUCUUGAACAACAUUUGCCAUCCUCCAAAAACACUUCUGUUGCCAGUGAGGAUGCAAAGAUCAUUGUCCUAGCAAUCUCUUCCUAACCUGGGGUAUAUCCCAUUAGUCCUGAGGGCUUAUCUAUCCAAAUGUUAACAAGGGCAUUUGGUAUGAAAACACAUGGGGAAUAAACAUUUAAAAUAAAAUAAGCUUUAAGAGCAACAUGCAGUUUCACAUCAGGAUGUUACAUGCUAACAGCAGGCAUGUUAAUUUGAAAGGUGUAUGUGCUAAACUUCAUCAUGAAUGGAAUGAAAUUAAGGCCCUGAAUUCCCGCUUACAAAUUUAGUCAUAUAGACCCAACAGAAACAGGUUAACCAAUCAGAUUUCACCUAUUCCAAUGAUCACUUUCUUUGAAAACUAACUCAGAUCUUUGUUUCUGCCUCAGAUUUCUCCUCAACCCCAGCACUCCAGCUACUACAUUAAAUAUAUUUAAAACUAUUUGAGUCUUUUACUUCAUAGUUCAAACUCCUUCUCACUGUGGUGCUGAUUCUAAUUCUCUUCCCUUAAGUGGGAACCAAACCCUUCAUACAGUGGCAAAUCCCUCCCCUAUUGAUUCCCAUGUUUUAUAUAUAGAUUUCAAAUCAGAUGUUCAAAAUAAACUUUGACUUCAUAACUGGAUAAAAUAAGCAUAAUAGACUAUGUGGCUUUCCAAUGGAUAUGCACAUUUUAGACAGAUAUAGUCAUAAUGUAUCAUAACAAUCAAAUAUAUUCCCAACUUUCAAAGUAAGCACACAAAAUACUUCUCCAUUAUCACCCAUAGUUUUAUUCUAUUGUAUGUGAUAGAAUCUAAAGUUGGGAUAAAGUUUUAUUUUGCUUUGGCUUAGUUCAUUGUUCUUUAGAGGAUAAAUUACAGUAAGACAUUCCAUGAUAUAAUUUAGUAAUAAAAUAAUCACUAUCAUUAAUUAAUACAUUUAGAAAUACACUUUCACAAUCAACUGGGAACAUUUCAAUCUUCAGUUUUAAAAAUACAUUUAUGCUGUAUCUCAACUGAGUGAUUUUAUAGCAAUAUUGUCUAUGGUUAUAAUUACAUAUUUUAUUACAUGAAGUAGAUCACAGAAUAUGCUAAAAUGCACAAGAUGAACAAGAAAAAGAACGUAGUAUUGUCAUUCCCUCUUACAAUACAUCUGUGUCCAAUUGUUUUUACUAUUUCAGAGCUAUUGUAACAUUUGGAAAAAAUAAAUAAGAAAUAAUUGCAGUUCCAAAAUGUGUUUCUGCCAUUUCUUUCAUGAUCAAGUUUUAUGGAGUUUUGUACUUCAUGCUUUGUUGAUAUUCAGAAAGGAGGUUGUCAUUUCUGACACUACACCAUUCUGCACUGGAACAAUUAAAACUAUAUAUAAUCAUAUAACAAUUACAGCAUGGAAACAGGCCAUCUUGGCCCUUCUAGUCUGUGCCGAACACUUACUCUCAUUUAGUCCUACCUACCUGCACUCAGCCCAUAACCCUCCAUUCCUUUCCUGUCCAGAUACCUAUCGAAUAUUUUUUAAAUGACAAAAUUGAACCUGCCUCUACCACUUCUACUGGAAGCUCAUUCCACACAGCUACCACUCUCUGAGUAAAGAAGUUCCCCCUUGUGUUAUCCCUAAACUUUUGCCCCCUCUCAACUCAUGUCCUCUUGUUUGAAUCUCCCCUACUCUCAAUGGAAAAAGCCUAUCCACGUCAACUCUAUCUUUCCCCCUCAUAAUUUUAAAUACCUCUAUCAAGUCUCCCCUCAACCUUCUAUGCUCCAAAGAAUAAAAACCUAACUUGUUCAACCUUUCUCUGUAACUUAGGUACCGAAACUCAGGUAACAUGCUAGUAAAUCUCCUCUGUACUGUCUCUAAUUUGUUGACAUCUUUCUUAUAAUUCGGUGACCAGAACUGUACACAAUACUCCAAAUCUGGCCUCACCAAUGCCUUGUACAAUUUUAACAUUACAUCGCAACUCCUACAC